AUGGCCCAUUGUGAGCGGGCCUCCAGGCCCAUCAUCCAAUGCCUUUCGAAAUCCUCAAUUAGAGGCAUAUCCAGCGUCCAGCUGCAGACGCGCGCCUUCCAGACCACAGCUGCUGUCCAGGAGGAAGCCCAGACCGAAGCGAAGAGCCAGCCCUUCUACAAAGCGCCCGACCCAGCUCUUGUGUCAAGCCCGCGUUUGGAGCGAAGGUUGAUGCGCCAGGGUAUUCUACCGAUCGGGUCUCGUCGACGUCGUGCCGCGUUGCAAACAACAGACAGUUUGCCUUUCGAACAGCUACCAUAUCAAUGCUUCCAGGAGGCACGGAAGGUUCUGAUUGCGGACCGGGAGGAGAAGUUGAAGGAAAUUGCAACAACCAGUGAGAAGAUCGCUAAGAUUCAGGCGCUGCCGGAAGAAGAGCAAACAAAACACUCCACCUAUGCUCGACUGCGCGCGCUGGAGGUACAUCUUGAUAGACUUAAGGUUCUCGCGGACAUCAAUGACCCCCUCGUGAAGAAGAAGUUUGAGGAUGGGCAGGGUGACAUGAGCAAACCUAUCUACCGCUACCUCGCCGAUCAGAAAUGGAGAGAGUAUCGCCGCAAGAUUCUCGUUCAACGAAUUACCCAGAUGAAGGUCAUUCCUGAUGUCCUUCCCCAUUGCGACCCGAUAGUCGACACUAAACUGUACUUCGGCCGAAAAGCUGUACCACCUGGAGAGUUUGUAAACUCUCAGGUUAGCAGUGUCCCUCCCAAACUCGACAUCCAGGUAUUCGACGGUGAAAACAGGCUGGUAACAAUUGCCGUCGUGGAUUCGGAUGUUCCCAACGUCGAAAAGGACAGCUUCGACUAUAUGAUGCACUACCUUGCCGUCAACAUCCCAAUCUCUGCUCUGAACACCAAGGUUGACCUCUCUCAGCUGUCGACGGAGUCUCAGGUUGUUCUACCUUGGCUUCCCCCUGUUGCUCAGAAGGGCAGCCCGUACCACCGCUUGUCCCUUUUCGUCAUGGAGCAGAAAGACAACAAGCCUUUGGACUUUGCGGCCGUCAAGGCCAAGGAGACUGACCGCCUUAACAAGCUUCUCCGCACUUUACAAGCACGGUACCACCUCAAGCCCAUUGGAGCGCACCUGUUCCGAACAAUCUGGGAUGACGACACCCGCGAUGUCAUGAAGGAGAUUGGCUUCCCUCUUGCAGACAUGGAACUCCGGCGCAAGAGAAGCGAGGCCCUGCCUUAUAAGAGGAGAAACCCUUCCACCUUCCGGUAA